CAUUAUCACAUAUUCGUUGGUGAUCUGAGUCCGGAAAUUGAUACGCAAACCCUUAGAGAUGCAUUUGCACCGUUUGGAGAAAUUUCAGAUUCCAGAGUCGUAAGAGAUGCACAAACGCUCAAAUCAAAAGGAUACGGUUUUGUUUCUUUCAUAAAAAAAUCCGAAGCAAAAAGUGCAAUAGCUGCAAUGAACGGAAGAUGGCUUGGAAGUCGAAGUAUUCGAACGAAUUGGGCAACAAGAAAACCUUCCAUCAUCAAAGCCGACGGUAAUACGUUACCUUUGUCAUUCGAUGAAGUUUAUAAACAAACGAGCGCGACAAAUUGUACCGUUUAUUGCGGAGGAAUAACGAAUGGCCUUACGGAAGAGCUUGUUCAAAAACAUUUUUCACCCUACGGCACCAUUCAAGAAAUAAAAGUAUUCAAAGACAAAGGAUACGCUUUCGUAAGGUUUUCGACGAAAGAAUCCGCGGCUCAUGCAAUCGUAGCUGUUCAUAACACGGAAAUAAACGGACAAACGGUAAAAUGUUCUUGGGGUAAAGAAAAUUCGGAUAUGACGGCCAUACAACCAACGGGUUUCGAUCAACCUGUGGCAGGCACUGCUUUUCCUUAUGCAUACGGUCAACAAAUGGGUUACUGGUAUCCCCAAAGUUAUCCUUCGGCUACGCCUCAAAUACCCGGUCAAUAUAUUCAAAGUGGAUUUUCAUUGGGUCAAUUCGGUUAUCAUCAUCAAGAUUUCAUAGGAAGACUUAGUAUGAAUUUAUCAUCGAUAUGGAACAACGUGCCAGGUCAUACUCAACUUCCGGGUGCCGUACAACAUAUCGGUCAAGGAACUGCUGCAGCCAUACCCCAACCGAACGGUGUUGUGGCUGCAUAUCCGGUACAACGUUUUCAAGUCAGUUCACAUUCAUAA